AUGGCUAAUACCUCGCUCAUCAGUGCUGUCGCGAAGAUUCCCAUAGACAUGAGAAUAAUUGAAGGCAACUCUGAUCAAGUGUGGGGUUUAGCAGCUCAGCAGCCCUUGCUUGGAGGGAUCGACCCUGGCGACCGUUCUCCGCCGCUCUCCACCGCUCAGUUUAUCGGGCUUAAGGGUCUCAAGUGA